UUCUUUCUCCUGCCGGCCCCUAUGCUCGCCAGUGUGGUGUGUCUGCUCUCCAUUAUUGCACGUCGCCUCACUCCUCUCUCCAUCAUGGUUCGCGAACGCACUUUCAUCGCCGUCAAGCCCGAUGGUGUCCAGCGAGGACUCGUCGGUGAAAUUAUCAAGAGGUUCGAAGCUAAGGGAUUCAAGCUCGCCGGCAUGAAGUACAUUCAGGCAACCGAAGAUCUCCUGAAGCAGCACUACAUUGAUCUUGCUGAUAAACCCUUCUACCCUGGCCUUUGCAAGUACAUGUCCUCAGGACCUGUGGUUGCCAUGUGCUGGGAAGGCACUGGCGUCGUCAAGACGGCACGUGUCAUGAUGGGAGAGACCCGCCCUGCCGACUCCAAGCCCGGCACCAUCCGUGGAGAUUUCUGCAUUGAAGUCGGAAGGAACAUCAUCCACGGCUCUGAUUCUGUUGAGUCUGCCAACAAGGAGAUUGCUCUGUGGUUCAAGACUGAGGAGCUUGUAUCCUGGACACAGGCCAACGAGAGCUGGAUCUACGAGUAAGGCGUGCGAAAAUUUGAGGAAGUCGCCCUAUAUUGUGCUGCUACAGUAGGUGGAUUAGUGGCACAAAACCUAGCUGUUCCCAGUGAUAUCAAAUUUUCUAAAGUCAGGAGUGCCACUUACCCACUCACACAUUUAGGAUCACCCUUCCUCAUGCUUAUUUGAUAAUAAAAUAUGUACAUCCGUUUA